GCGCGUGGAUCGUUCUCUCUUUCUCGUCUUCCUUUCCCAAUUGCUUCCACGACGACGGAGGAGAGAAGAAAACCCAGAAACCUUAAAAAUUCAGAGCAAGGGACGAUCUUUUUUCCGAUCUUAUCGAUUUCUUACUGAGAUUAGAAGAACCUCUCUUCUAAGCUUUGCUUUGGUUUCCUUUUCUCUUUGUUCGAUGGAUGAGUCGUUCGCUAAUCUACAAACGAGCCAUUUGCUUGGUUCAGUUCCUGCUGUGAUCAGCGACGACAAGAGAAGCACAAAUGUACCAAUAGCAAGCGUAAAUGAAGGUCCUUCUGCUAACAUGCAAAUAUUUCCACCAAAUCUAGGAAACAAUACAAAGGGUUAUCAAACUCUUGAGAGUCCAACAGUACAAGGACCAGAACAACAGCCAUCAAACAACUGGAAGGGCUUUUUUAACGUCUACUCAUAUACCCAAUACUUCGACGUGGACACUGAUGUUGUUUUGAACAGAUUGAUGAGCUCGUUAUAUCCUACUAGUGGGGAUUUUUUCAACAAGAUUGAUGCAAACCCUGAUUUGUAUGGACUUGUCUGGAUCUGCACUACGCUUGUGUUUGUGCUUGCUUCUCUCGGAAAUUGUGCCACGUAUCUCGUGAAGAAACGAACCGACAGUAAUGCUCCUUGGAUCUUUGAUGUGAACUAUAUGAAUUUGGCAGCAUCUAUAAUCUAUGGAUAUGCAAUAAUUGUGCCUCUGGGAUUUUAUUUCUCACUCCGUUAUAUGGGGUCCAAAGCUGAUCUUCUAAGAUUCUGGUGCCUCUGGGGAUACUCUCUCUUCAUUUUCGUUCCAACCUCUCUUCCGUUGCUUAUUCCAGUAGAGUUUCUGAGAUGGGUGAUUAUACUCUUAGCUGGUAGUGCAUCAUCGUGCUUUGUUGCCCUGAAUCUACGGUCCUACCUCGAGACGAACAAUGAUAUCACGGUUGUAAUGGCUGCAGCAUUUGGUCUGCAAAUGGUUCUUUCGAUCUUCAUCAAGGUCUGGUUCUUUCCUUAAUCUCCACGACACAGUCAACACCCGACAAAAACAUAUAUGUAAAACCUUUAGAUCUUGAUGUGAUGUGGUAGAACAAAGAAUGUGAUUUCCAGAGAAUGAAACCCACAAAGUAAAAGAAGGAACAUAUACACUGAAUCUUUUGGAUUCGUAGCGUAAUCUCAUCGUUGCUUGUAGCGAUUAUGUUUUUUGUUUGUUUUGUUUGUUAUCACUUUUUUGCUUGUGGAGUAAAAAUAUGAAAAAGGAAGAAAAUUCUCAAAGUUUAUUGCAAUUUACUCUUUUGUACUCUGAAGAGUGAAGUAAAGACGAGUCCAUUUGUCGCUA